AUGGUUCAGCUUGCGAUGGCUUCAAGUGAGGGGACGAUCACUGUAUCAGUGGUAACUGAACGUACUCCCAUCACCAUAGAUUGCCCUGCAAGUUCAUUUACAGCAGAAGAAUUAUGUAUUUAUUUAUGCAAGAAGUACAACAUACCACCAAUAACUCGGACGCUAUUUGCAUUGAGGAUCAAAGGAACUCGUUUUUUUCUAAAAGAUAACAGUGAAGUUCUGUCAGGAUCAAGAGACUAUGAAUUCAGAAUUCGUUUCAAGGUUCCUCGGCUUGGGUUGUUGAUGUCGUUAGAUGAAACAACCUUUGAUUAUUACUUUCAACAAGCAAGAGUUGACAUCAAUGACAACAAAGUUGCAGAGAUCAAGUAUCCUGACCAUAAACAAGAACUUUUAGGGCUUGGUAUUACAGAUAUGUGUCGAGCGAUCACAGAAGAGAAGUUGUCUAUGAAUGAAGUGGUGAGAAAUUGCAAAAAAUAUAUACCGAAAAUAAUAAAUAAACGUCAUGGGCCUUUUCCUAGGCGUCAUGCAAAUUACCUUCUUCCAAAGUUGUUUGAGAUGCAUUAUAGUAUUAAUUAUUUGAAGGAUAAAUACAUGGUGCAACUAUACGGCCUAGCUCCCAACUACUUGGCUGAAGAGUACGACAACAUAUUGUGGGUGAAUGGCGAUACUAUCACACCGGUGCGUCUCAUGGUGGCGCCGUUUCAUACACAACAACCCGGUAUACGACUUUACGAUACCAAUAAAAGAGAGUGGAUGCACGUUUGUACAAUAGAAGGACUAAUUUAUUUAAUGCGAAAUGGUAACUGUACAUUAGAAGUAUCUAGGAGGGGCACGCCAUUGUUUUUUAAAUUCAAAUCUGACGAGCAGCUGUCAUCUUUUAUUUCAGUCUGCGAUGGUUAUUACAGAUUGAUGGUAAAAUGGACUUUUAAUUUGUCGAAAGAUGACGAGUCGCCAUCAUUAAAACAAUUACACAAAAUUAAAUGUCAUGGACCUGUCGGGGGCGCAUUCUCCUAUCGAAAAUUGGAAGAAAAACGUGGAAAGAAACAUGGUUGUUAUAUACUGAGACAGUGUCAAGACCAUUACAAUAUUUAUUACUUAGAUGUUUGUGCCAAAACAAGGACAACAGAGACGUAUAAAAUAGAAUACAAGGGUCACUGUUUUAUGUUUAAUUGUAAAGAAUAUUAUGACAUUGAUGCUAUUAUCAGAGCUCACCAGGAUCCAGAGAAAAAGAUAUUUUUGCACGAAUGUAUACCACCAUCCGAGUUCGAUCAAUCACAACUGUUGCUAUGUGGAGAACCAGUGAAGAAAGGUGUGCGUAUCGAUCAAACGGAAUUACAAGAAGUGCUCAAGAACAAUAAGAGUCCACGGUGUCUCCUCAAUAAAGACAUCAUGCUAUUUAUAGGUUCUGAGAAAGUUGGAUCUGGAAAUAUAACUGUGACAUACAAAGCCCAUUGGAAUCUCGAUGAAACAAAAAAGCUUAUAGUUGCAUUUAAAGCACUCCAACGUGAGGAUCAUCUGAAGGAAUUUGUGGAGUUGGCAAGCAAAUAUGUGUGCGUUCAAUCGUCGUCGCUUGUACGUCUGUACGGAGUCACAUUGAACUCGCCCACCGCACUAGUGCUCGAAUAUGUGCCUCACGGACCCUUUGAUGAGUAUCUUAGGAAUAACGGAGACCGAGUGAAGCCGAUUCAUUUGAAGAAGGUGGCGGCGACUUUGGCCCGCGCUUUAUGGGAUCUAUCCGAAGCUGGGCUCGUACACGGUUAUAUCCGUUGCCGACGCCUGCUAUUGGCUGCGCAUGACGCUGACCGCAUUGUAAUCAAGCUCUCUGGGCCCAGUUUGCGGUCAUAUACACCCCAUGAUAUACACUGGAUGCCUGUGGAAUUCUUUGGUGAUAUGAAUAUGGCAAAGCGGUCAGCUGUCGGUGAUAUAUGGGCGUUUGCGACGUCGCUUUGGGAAGUGUUCUCUUACGGCAUCUCGCCCGCCGAAACUAAUCCUGUAUUGACUGAAAAGAGUUACGAGCUAGGUGACAGGUUAUUGCGGCCGACGCAUUGUCCUACUGAAGUGUGGGCGUUAAUGAACCAAUGUUGGCAAGCCACGCCCAUACGCCCGCAGGAGAUUAUGCGGGACAUGAAUCAUAUGCUGCACAGAGAAUACGUACCUAUUCACGAAUACGAAGAACCAAAGAUAUGUCUCAACCACCAUAUGGAUACUACAGAUACCGUGUCGAGUGACAGAUUCGCACCCAGUGAAUUGAGUGAUGCGAGUAGCAACAAGUCGCUUAUAUCUGACAGUAGUGCUUUGUCGCUGAAUGGGACAUUGAUAAAUCACUUCGAAAAUCAUUUCUCAAACUGCAAGCUGACGAAUUCACUGGACGGUAUGAGUACGGUCGCACUAGCUCUUCGUAGCGAGUCUACGAUCCGUAGCGAGUCGUCGCUUCGUAGCGUGACUACGACGCGUGCUCCACUUGCUGACGACGCGGGGGAGAAGUUCGUAGGUGGCGGCCAACCGAGACGAAUGCAACCUAUUGUCACUAGAGGCACUACGUAUUUCGUGACACUCACAAAGAGGAUUGGAAGUGGAAAUUAUGGUGAAGUGUACCGCGGUUGGAUGGAAUGGGACACGGACGAGCGGCAAGAGGUCGCCAUCAAGAAAUUGACAAAGCAAGCUAAUGUUAUUGACAAAGAUAGCACACUCUAUAUUGAUUUCAAGAACGAACUGGAGAUAAUGAAGUCUUUGAAUCACAAGAACAUAGUGAACAUCCUGGGCUAUUCAUGGAAGCCGGACGUAAUGAUCGUGAUGGAGUAUUUGGAGGAAGGCUCCCUCAACUACUACCUCAAGUUUCAGGGGGACAAGCUGUCCAUUAUGCAUCUCCUCAUAUAUGCCGGUGACAUUGCCACGGGCAUGGAGUAUGUGUCAUGUAAGAACAUUGUGCACCGUGAUUUGGCAACGCGCAAUAUCCUCGUGGUGGACAAAUAUCACGUGAAAAUCUCGGAUUUCGGUCUCGCUCGCACCAUUCCUAAGGACGAUGACCAAUAUAAACUAAAGACUGAGAGAUUACUGCCUAUUAACUGGUAUGCACCGGAAUCGGCGAGCGAUCCGUGGCUGUUUUCAACUAAGAGCGACGUGUGGUCGUACGGUGUCACCGUGUGGGAGAUAUUCACGCGCGCUACCGUCGAAGUGCCCAAGUUCGACAUGACUAGACCGACGGAAAGAGCUUCCUGCUUUCAAAUACCAGACGACUGCCCUUCGGAGAUAUACAGGUACCUCAUGACCGACUGUUGGAAUUUGGACCCAAAUAGGAGACCUAAUUUCACAGAACUCAAGGUCAAAGCCAAGAGAUUCUUAGACGAUUACGACCAAUCCACUUAG